CAGCAAAAAUACUAUGAUUGUGCGGAGGCAAGGUUUCCGUAACAGUGUAACCUUUUAUAUGACUACGAGGGGAUCCAAAAAUGUCGACCAGUUCAACUCUGAGCAACUAUUAUGUGGACUCUAUAAUGGGACACGAGGCGGAGGACGUGUACGGAGCGCGUUAUGUCCAGAGCCCGCACUCGGCGGCAGCUAGGCCGUCAGGUGUAGGGGAAAAUGCGGAUUUUUCCUCCUGUAGCUUUGCUCCCAAGACAGCCGUGUUCCCCACGUCCUGGUCCUCGGUUCACCCGCCGUCCACGGCUACGGUGUCCGGAAUUUACCAUCCGUACGUGCACCAGUCCCACAUCGCAUGUGCAGAUAACAGAUACGUGCGUUCCUGGGUAGAUCCGAUCUCGAACCACAUCUCCUUUUCCGGCUUCCAUUCGAGUAGUCGUCAGUGCGGGACAAAGGCGGAAACUUUACCUCCGAAAAGGACUGAGAGCUCUGCGUUCGGCCCUGACACUCCGGCGGCCCCAGACUACAGCUGUAGCGCCCUGGCCGAGUGUGUACAAAAAGCUACCAAAGAUACCGCUGACAACGAUAUUUCCAACCAAAGCGAGCCCAAAGACGAGAAACAUCAACAACAACAACUUGACCCAAGCAACCCAGCAGCAAACUGGAUUCAUGCACGUUCAACGAGAAAGAAACGAUGUCCAUAUACAAAAUACCAAACACUGGAACUUGAAAAGGAAUUUCUUUAUAACAUGUAUUUGACGAGAGAUCGCCGUUACGAAGUUGCACGAAUUCUGAAUUUGACGGAGAGGCAAGUGAAGAUCUGGUUCCAGAAUAGAAGAAUGAAAAUGAAGAAGAUGAACAGAGAGAGGGGUAGCCAGGAGCCUCAGUGAAUUACACUGCGGGCAGCGCGCCGCGCCAAGUGUCCUCUAUGUAUAUGAGUAAUAUGUUACGUUUAGAUCGAGGUUGUUGGAGCCUCAUUGGUUUAUGUUCUCUGUGUGUCUUUGUCAAAUUAUUUUAUGGAAAAACACAAGCUUACAUUCUGAUUAUUUUGGAUUGGAUGUAUAGAGAGUCUUAACAUAAUUAUGAUUUUUGUUCAUUCUUGAAACAAAUGUUCAAACGGUUGUGCACGCAGGUAAAGUACACACGCUAGUUAUGUUAAAUGCAGUUUUGAUUGUGUUUGUUAGUGUACACUUAAUUCAAUCUUAAUAGUGUAUAGCACACUGAUUGAGGAACAGUAUUCAUGGAGCAGUAAUAGGCCACGCUAUACUCUCCCAGCAUCUAGUAUUAAUUAAGCAGGGAUAUUUGGGUAGAAAUCUAAACAUGAAGACAAUUUUAGAGACUUAUACCACGUUGUUGCAGGAUUAAUUUAGUAUCAAAAAUGUCGUUGAAGAUUAGUUUAGUAGCCGAGAUCCAGAAGGUCUUACUAUCUUGUUCGAGUACUGGCUAUAUGGACAGAGAUUCAUGUAACACUACUAUGUAUAAUAAAUGCAUCUAUGUAUGUCCAUAUAUUGAACGUGAAAAAAGUAUUGGGUGCGUAUUUGUAAUUUAACAGCGUUCAACAUCGCGUAUUUGUCUCUGACAAUACUGCACUUAUAAGUAUUUUAAAGGUCUAAAAUAUAUUAGCAAAAAUAUCUAAGUCUCGUUUUGGGGGCUAAGAUUGUGGACCAGAAUAGACCGCUGAAGGUUUUUUUUUUUUUUUUUUUUUUUUUUUUUUUGAGGUUGACAAAAUUUGUUCAACGAAAUAAACACAGUUGGUGCUUGGACUGCACACUUUGUGUGUUGCUCUUAUGUCAAAAAAAAGUUUAGUCUAAAAGGAUAUCGGUAGGCCUAAUAAACCGUUCCUGAUUGCGAAAUAAGUGUUGUAGAGAACCCCAAUUUAUUUUUAAACCUUACUUUAGAAUUACUUUAGAGCAGGAAGAGACUGGGUCCAAUAAAGCCAUAGAGAAGACUAGACGUCUGGUCUAAAUGACUUUAUGGUCUAAGACAGUAAUUGCACUCUGCUUUGAAAACCUUCUAGUUGGGUGUUUGCGUCUGUUGCUGACAACCAAAAAUGCAGACACUUUUCUACGGGGUGUCUGGUCGAUAAAUUGUCUGUCGGUGAGACUGAAAGAAAUCGACCCAAACACACGGAAAGUCAGGUUUAUUCACCAAAUGCAUUUCCACUCAUGGGCUGCAACACUUCACUUUGACUGUUGCCUAAAAUUCAGGUUUUUAUUAAUUAAUCUACGCAUUUCUAGAAGUUAAGGAAUCGGUUUUUACGAGUGUUUGCUUAGUGAUAGCGAGAGAUAAAAACCCUAUCAAAAUAUUCAUCUAUACAGUCACAAGACAAUUAAAAUGUUAGCUAAGUAAUUACAUGGAUCGGCACAGUGUUAAUACUGUAUUCAAAACUUCAAAGCCUGCAUGUUGUGCUGCAGGCAGAUCCGAUAGCAUAAAUAUUUUAACUAUAUUUUGAGGGUAUCUUUGCGGUUAAAUGCAUCACUGAAUAGAGCAUUAAAAUGGAUAUGGUUACCGCUAGAGGGCAAUAUAGUUCUUUGAAAACAUGGGUGCAGGGUGCUGAUUAAAAACGUUAUUUUUGUGGAAGCAUGCGCAGAAAAAAUACAAACCACGUGCUUACUAAUCUAUACUGCGAAAAUUACUUCAGAAAAAAGGCUGCUGCGCAAAAUAAAGCACAAAAUGGUAAUGCAUUUUAUGAGGGAUUUUCUCGUCUACUCAAAGUUAUGAAAUGAUCACACUAGUGCUUCAUGAUGAUUUCAAAACAGAAAAGAACUUAAAUGUUAAGAUAUAGAUAGGGAUAUAGCCUAGAUAUAGAUAUAGAUAGAUGUAUAUCGAUUUUUUUUUUCUUUAUUGAAUGAAUAGGUUGGUGUUAACAGUAAUUAAGGAGGAGUAAAUAAAAUUAUAUCAGACAUAUCAAUGAGUCAGUUUUUUACCAGUAUCCCGACCCAUACACACUACAUGGUUCUUACAAAUAGCCUACUUCAUUGGUUACAAUUUACUUAUAUGAUAACUGCUGCUUUUUCUGUUGUUUAAGUAAAAGGUUAUACUCUUGCUGCUAUUUUUUUAUUUUAUUUUUAUUAUUUUUUUUUUUGGACGGAGUACUCAGUAUAAGCUUCCAAAUCAAAAUGUUUUGUACUAUAACAUUUUGGAAAUUAAAGUGAUCUUAAAUGAAUAACCAUCCCACUCCUCAGUUUAUCAGAUUUUUUAAAAAAAUGAAAAACCUGCUAUAAAUUCUAAUUCAGAUGGACACGCAUCUUGGAGAAUACUGCAUUUGUUAUUAGAUCCAGUAACCUUAACCUUAAGGUUUAACCAAUUUUACAAAAUACGCAAAAGGGAUA